AUGACCGCCCUGCCUCCUUCUGGACCCCCGUCGUCUGGGAACGACGAGCUCAAAGACGAGAAGACCAUCGGCCUCACUGAAGAGAGCUUCUCGGGCAGCGAGUAUGAACGCUAUCUCACCUUGCACGAGGCCUUUGAGGGCUCCGGCAAGAAGAAGCUGCUUCGCAAGCUUGAUCUUCGUCUGCUGCCAACUUUGAGUUUCUUGUACUUGAUGUGCUCUCUCGACAAAGCAAAUGCCGGAAAUGCCAAGCUCUUCGGUUUCUUGGAGGAUGUCGGCAUGACUUCGACGCAAUUCAAUCUUGCGUUGAUGUACUUCUUCUUCACCUAUGGACUGUGGGAGCCGGUAUCCAACAUUCUCCUCCGUAAAUUCGGCCCCAAAAUCUGGUUCCCUUUCAUUGUCACUGCAUGGGGUCUCGUCUCUACAUUGACCUCUCAGGUCAGCAGCUACGGCGGCUUUAUUGCGAUCCGUCUUGUCCUUGGCAUUACUGAGGCUGGUCUGUAUCCCGGAUCAUAUUUCAUUCUGUCCAUGUGGUAUACCCCCAAGGAGCUUGCUACCCGCAUGGCCAUCUUCUACGGCGCCAAUACCGCUGCAGGAGCUUUCGGUGGUGUGAUUGCCUAUGGUGUUGGUAAUCUCGACGGUGCAAUGGGAUGGAGAGCGUGGAAAUGGUUGUUUUUGAUCGAGGGAGUCAUCACCAUGUUUGCGGGUCUUUGCUGUUUUGUGCUUCUACCGGGAUUUCCACAUCAGUACGACAAAAAGGUCAGCCACUGGCUGAAACCCGAAGAGCUUGACUACGCGACUCUGCGCGUCAAGUACGCCAACGGACCCGAGCCACCAACCUAUGAGUUCCGAUGGAGCGAUGUUAUUGCCGCGGCCAAGGACAAGAAGACUUGGUUCAUGAUGAUGCUCUUCUGGUGGGGAGGCUCUGUGCCUACAUACUCUCUCUCGUACACUCUGCCCACGAUGGUGAAGAAUCUGGGAUACAGCGACGUCAAAGCGCAGGCCAUGACAACGCCUCCGUAUAUCUUCGCCACUUGCGUUUGCGUAACUGUUGGAUGGCUUAGCGACAAGUACCAGAAACGGUAUUUCUGCAUUAUGGGCUCCUAUACCCUGGGAAUGAUCGGAAUCAUCAUUCUCUGGAUUACCACGCAUUACCCACACAUUUCCGGUGUCAGCUACUUUGCCAUUUUUCUUGCUGCAGCCGGAUACUCGGCCCAGGCUCCGAUUGUCGGUGCAUGGACCAGUGUCAACGUGCCCAACCCCUCCAAGCGAGCCGCAGCUAUCGGUCUGAUGAUGCUUCUUGGAAGUGUUGGCGGAGGCAGCAUCGGUUCGAACAUCUACCUCGCCGACGAAGCACCCACGUAUCCCCUGGGCUUCGGCUUUUCAGUCGGUGCUACUGUCCUCGGCGCCAUGAUCCCAGCCACUAUUCAUUGGUACCUGCUCCGUCGCGAGAACAAGCGUCGUGAUGCCCUCGAUACGGCGGCUGUGGAGACGCAGUACACGACCGAUGAGUUGGGUGAGAUGGGUGAGGACUCGCCUUUGUUCCGGUUCACACUGUGA